GUUCUUGAACCGGCGCGGUCUUCGAGUUUUCGAGAAAAUUAUUAUUGCGCAUUGAAGCACGUGUAAUUGCUAGCGUUACUUGUGAUCAACAUAACUAGCUUUGUCUGAAAUAUUUUAAUAAUUAUACUAAAGAGAUAAAAACAUGACUGUCGACCAAGGAAUCGAUAUUUCAAAAGCUGGAGAUCGUGGUGUGUUGAAAAGAAUUAUUAAAGAGGGAGAAGGCACAGAAACUCCAAAUGCUGGUGUCGAAGUAACCGUACAUUAUACAGGAACGCUUUUGGAUGGUACAAAGUUCGAUUCCAGCAAGGAUCGAAACGAGCCCUUCGAAUUUACACUCGGAAAAGGUAACGUCAUAAAAGCAUGGGAUAUUGGUGUAGCUACUAUGAAGAAAGGUGAAGUGUGCAUGUUGACGUGUGCUCCGGAAUAUGCUUACGGGGCCAGAGGAAGCCCACCCAAAAUCCCACCCAAUUCCACAUUGCAAUUUGAGAUUGAGAUGAUUGACUGGAAGUUGGAGGAUCUCAGUCCCAACAAGAACAAGGGCAUUCUGCGGUACAUUAUUGAGCAGGGGUCAGGCUUCGACAAUCCUAAUGAUGGAUCUGUUGUUACAGUGGAAUUGGAGGGCAAAUACGGCGAUAAAAUCUUUGACACGCGCACAGUAACAUUCACGCUUGGUGAGGGAAGCGAUCAGAACAUUUGUGAAGGUGUCGAGAGAGCCUUGGAGAAGUUCCUACAAGAUGAAAAGUCACGACUGACCAUUCAGCCCAAGUACGCUUUUAAAUCUGAGGGAAAUACAGAAUUGGGUGUGCCGCCAAACACAGUAGUGGAAUACACAGUGAAACUCGUUAGCUUUGAGAAAGCCAAGGAUUCCUGGGCUAUGGAUGGUGAUGAGAAACUGGAGCAGGCCAAGAUAGCGAAAGAUAAGGGAACGGAGUACUUCAAGGGCAACAAGUUUCAGUUGGCGAUUAAGAAGUACAGGAAGGUUGUGACGUUGCUUGAAGACAUGCCGGAAGACGCCUCUGAAGCUGAAGAGAACAAAUCAAAAGCAAAAGACCUCUUAAUAUCGGCUCACUUGAACCUAUCCCUCGUGUACCUUAAAGUAGCCCCAGCGCAUCACUUCGAGGCCAAGGACCAUGCGACCAAAGCCCUGAAAUUUGACCCUAAGAAUGUAAAGGGUCUAUUCAGAAGGGGUCAAGCUAUGCUCGGUUUGGGGGAGGCGGAGUUGGCCAUGAAGGACUUUGAAGCUGUUGUUGAGAUGGAGCCACAGAAUAAGGCAGCAGCGAACCAAGUGAUUGUCUGCCGCAACACGAUACAGAAACAGAAGCAAAAGGAAAAGCAAAUGUACGCCAACAUGUUCGACAAGUUCGCCAAACACGACACACAGGUAGAGAAACAGCGUGCCAGCGAGGAAGUAGACGUGAUCGGUGAGAAGGUGGGCGAGUGGGGGGCGGGGGAGGGGGAGUGGACUGAUCGCCUCAGGGACAGGAAACCGACGGAGUUUGAGAAGGAGAACCCCAAUAUAUUGAUGCUGGAUAAGGAUGGUCAGUUCGAGAACAUGUGAAAAGGUUGGCGACUAACCAAUUUGUUGGCCGAUGUUGGUUAUGGGAAUUGCAAAAGUUUGUCAAACAAUUUAUGAAUACAUUUAACUUCUUAUCCUGUAGAUUAACUAUUUUUAUCUAUUAAAGUUGCCUUAAUAGCUGUAACACACCGUAUGGGCCUUAAAAAUCCCCCGAAAACCAAAGAUUUUGGAAUUUAGGACACCAUAUACAUUAUACUUUAUUAUAUAUGCCUUAGGCUGGUUGCAGAGCUUGACCGACCAUCAGUGCGUACGUCAGUCGCGCUUGUCAUAUGUAUGGAAAUUCA